CAACAAGGAAGAGAGAUCAUCACAAUCAACACCUUUCCAUACACCCCUCGUCUCGCCGAUAACUUUCCUUGAUUUGCAGCUUUCUGGUGCAACGUGAGUGUGACAACUUUCAAGGCUUUCAGAUUAACUGUUGACGAUGGCAUCUUUGGAGGAACAGCUCCUCAAUGAUUUUGGAGAUGUCUCUGGCUCGGAGGAUGGGGCGGAAGAAGAGCUUGGGGAUGAGGAGCAAGAGCUGAGGAAUGAGAUGGAAGUUGAAGGGGCCGGUACAGAACGAGAGGACAUUGCAAAUGGCGAUAAUGGUGCAAAAGCCUCCACGACCCCAGGCUCAAAAGAUCUCCGCAAUGCGAACACGCUCCUGCAGACUCUGCGUCCUGUACUAGACGAGAUUGAUCGAUACAGGAAUAAGCCUAGUGAAAACUUCAUUGGCUCACUAGAAGAGAACCCCGAAUUUCGCCUACUCGGUCAAGCCAAUACACAUUCCACCUCCAUCGACAAUGAACUAGUUACGGUUCACAAAUACAUCAGGGACCACUACUCCGUGCGAUUUCCUGAGCUCGAGACACUUGUCACCAAUGCUAUCGACUAUUGCAAAACCGUGGCGAUCAUUGGCAACGGACCGAUGAGCGAAAUCAAAGCCAUUGCUGCUUCGUCAGACAACCCGGUGGGCCAGCCGUUAACCAACGUGCUCACAGGACCGUCUCUGAUGGUAGUGUCUAUCGAAGCUGCGACAACACAAGGACAGGAGCUGAGCGAGAAAGAGCUGGCACAGGUGCAGAGAGCCUGUGAUAUUGCUCUACAACUCGAGAAAGCCAAGGUUACACUUACAGACUAUGUGCAGUCUCGAUUAAGCAUAUUUGCUCCCAAUCUUACUGCGCUCGUUGGUUCCUUAACAGCGGCUCAGUUGAUGAACUAUGCAGGUGGUCUCAUUGGGCUCGCAAAAACGCCGUCUUGCAACCUCGCACCCCUCGGAUCGAAAAAGCAGAGUGGCAUGGGAUUGGCUACGAAUGUCGGUGUCAGACACCAGGGGUUUCUAUACGAGUCUCCUAUCAUUCGAGAUAUCCCUACCGAUCUAAAGAAACAGGCGAUGCGCAUGGUCUCAGCGAAGGUUGUCCUCGCCGCUCGAAUAGAUCAAGUCCACAGUAGCCCGGACGGAACUAGCGGACAGGAGCUAAAAGAGGAAUGUCUCCGAAAGCUAGAAAAACUUACGGAAGCACCUGCGAAUAAGGGUGUACGGGCACUGCCCGCGCCUGACGACAAGCCAUCCCGGAAGCGAGGUGGCAGGAGAGCGAGAAAGGCGAAGGAGGCUACUGCGCAGACGGAGCUUGCACGAGAUCGUAACAGGAUGGCCUUCGGAAAGGAAGAGCAAGAAGUGGGUUACGGCACUGGAGAGGGUACAGCAGGUUUGGGCAUGGUUGGACAACGGAACGAUGGUCGCAUUCGGGCACCACAGAUUGAUCAACGCACAAAAGCGAAACUGAGCAAGAAAAAUGCAGGGUGGGGAGGCCCUCCUACUGGAGGAAUCGCAUCUUCACUUCGCACGAUGGGAGCUGGAGGGCAAAAUCAUGGACUGCGUACCAGCGGAGUUGGAGCUUCUGGUGCAGCAACAUCUGGUACUGCCUCGACGAUCGCAUUCACUCCUGUACAAGGUCUGGAAUUGGUUGACCCUAGGAUCCGCGAGGAGAUGAACAAGAAGCGCAAGGCAGACGAGGACCGCUGGUUCAAGGGAGGAACUUUCUCACAGAUUGGGGGUACACAGACAGGGUCGAGCACCAAGGUCGAUGCCAGUGGCUUCAAGAUACCAUCUCUACCGCCUCGAAAGAGACAGGACACGAAGAACUGAGUCGACGUGGUGACUUGUCUCGGACAAGUAUUAGAUUUCAUUUCAGGCGCGAGGCAGGGAGCGAGUGCAGCAUUUCAGGCGUUAAUAGUAGCAUGCAUGACCUAGAAGGAGAAGGACGGCGGUCCGACAAGCGGGAUGGUGGACGUGGAGGCAGGCAUUAUGCGGCUACGGAAGCAGCGCAGCGCACGAUUGCGUUACGACCACGCGAACGAACGCCUGAAUCGCGUAAGCUUUUGAUAGGGUGCCUGAAGUUGCCAACCACAACCUAUGGUAGGACGAAGCAGGUGUGCAAAAGGCAGAAACGGGCGAAGUCACGUAGUAGUACAGUAGCGACAAAAAUAGCAGCACGAUCGAGAUAUACUUUCUCGCCUGAAGCCGAAAGGCU